AUAGCCAUUGUUAGGGAAGUUAUCGAAUAAAUGUAGAUUUUAUAUUUACUUUUGAACGUAUUUUAUUUUAAUAAAUUAUUUUAUUAAUAUGUAAAUAGUGAGAAAUCUCUUAAUUGGUGGUUAGUAUCUCUGAUAGAGAGAAGAGAAAAAAAAAGUGAAAUAAUAUCGCUAUUACGAAUAGCGUGUCUCAUUUUCAAGCUCGUGCCACCCGCCAUAACGAACGCUUCUUGGUACGAAUAGUUCGUUUGAAUGAAUCUUCCGAACGUGCUCGGGUUUCGUUAAUUGGUGUUAGUUUUUUGGUGUAGCAUUUUUAAUGCACACAAGAUAAUUGCAUGCGAAUUGACUUAUGGUGACAAUUUGAAGUCAUGGAAGUGGCACGAAAGUUGCAUUUUGAUGCGUGUGAUAUAGAAGAUGAGGAACUUAAUAUAAGCAGCCUUGGAAACAACUCGAGUUGCGAUAUCGAAGAUGUUUUUGAUUCUUCGACCGAGUAUUCCGCAUGCUUAUCUACACUUCAACCGAAAAAAUUGUCUUUCACUAGUCCAGCCACAUGUGAACUCAAUGGAAGCUUUACAGUACCACACAAUAAUAACAAAACACCGGCCAUCAGUGUGACAGGACCUUCUGGAAUAAAGAUUCCAUCUCGUGAAAUUGGCUGUUCACAAAAAAUGUCUCUAGCUUGUAGUCCACCAUACAAGCGUGUCAGAGCAUUGAGAUUAUUUGACUCACCUGCUACACCUAAAACUUUAAUGGAAAAAAGUACAAUGCAUACUCCACUUCCUUCCAAAUGUACUAGACUUUUCUCAUUAGAAAAGCCUAGACCUGUAGCUAGCAGUUACCAAAGUAAAUCUGAUAGACCUGCAGCCAAUGUUAAUCCUUUUACACCAAAUGGAAUGUUAUUAACAGCAAGAAAAAGAAGUAGAUCAAAACGUAGUCUUAAUGGAUCUCCAGAUGUUCAAAAUAAUAAAUUUGAUCUUGCCGACUCUGAGGAUUCUGAUAAUGAAAUAGAGCAACCAACUAAACGUGUAGCUUUACAUGAAUCUAACAUUCCCAGGUACCAUAGAGAGUUCCAUGAACUUGGUUUGAUUGGUACUGGUGAAUUUGGUUCUGUUUAUAAAUGUAUUAAUAGAUUAGAUGGAUGCGUUUAUGCUAUUAAAAAAAGCAUUAAACCUGUAGCUGGAAGCAUCAAUGAAAAAAAUGCAUUAAACGAAGUAUAUGCACAUGCUGUUCUUGGUAAACAUCAACAUGUUGUACGAUAUUAUUCCGCGUGGGCAGAAGAUAAUCAUAUGAUUAUACAAAACGAAUAUUGCAAUGGUGGUAGUUUGGCAGAUGCCAUUUUAACCUUGCAAAAAGAAAAAAAGCAUUUAUCUGAAGCAGAAAUGCGGCAGUUAUUGUUACAUGUUGCUGAAGGUUUAAGAUAUAUCCAUAGUGUGCAAUUAGUACAUAUGGAUAUCAAACCAGGAAACAUAUUUAUUUCAAAAGAGAAAAGGUUACUUGCCGUUAAUUAUGAUUCAGCUGAUGAUGGUUUUGACGAAGAAGAAAUUGUCGAAGAAGAAAUUACAUAUAAAAUUGGAGAUUUGGGUCAUGUAACAUCUAUUAGUAAUCCACAAGUUGAAGAGGGUGAUUGUAGAUACUUGCCAACUGAAAUCUUACAUGAAGAUUUUAAUCAUUUAACAAAAGCUGAUAUCUUUGCCUUGGGUCUUACGGUAUAUGAAGCUGGUGGUGGUGGUCCACUUCCCAAGAAUGGUCCCGAAUGGCAUGAUAUUAGAAAUGGAAAUUUAAAAGAAUUAUCGCCCUAUAGUAGAGAUCUCAAUGAUUUGCUAAAGUUGAUGAUUCAUCCGAAUCCUGAGAUGAGGCCUUCGGCUAUAUCACUUAUUCAACACAGAGUAUUAUGUCCAUAUGGAAAUAAAACAAAAGCUCAGCUUCGACGUGAAUUGAAUGCUGAGAAAUUGAAAAAUGAGAUUUUAUCAAAGCAAUUACAAGAAGCAGCAAAGUGUAUUAAAACAUUUGCUCCAAACGUAGCUGCAAUAAAUGGCACAGUAAAUUCUGAAAGAUAUAGAUUAAGAUCAGCAACAAAUAGAAUCUCAAAUAGAGCUAUUGGCAAAAAGGUCAAUCGUAGCAAUAGUACUACAAAUUUUUAAAUGUUAUGUAUUGCUUUUACACUUUAUUAAGAAUACAAAGAAGAUAAAGGUGCUACAGAAUAGUAGUUCUGCAAAGCAUUUUCAUCUUAAUAUUGUGAUAUCGUAUUAAUUUUAGUUUCUAAAUAAGGGUAAGCCAGCCAACUUAUAAACUUCAUAUCAUUGUAAUAUUAUAGAACAUUGGUUUCAUUCUUAUUUAUAAAAUAGAUUUAUUAUUAUUAAAUCUUGUUUUGGAAGGUAAGUGGAUUUUGGAAUCAACAAGAAAAAAGAAUAUUAAGUGUAAUUUAUAAGUAACAUUUGAUACAAUGGUAAUAUUUCAAUGAUAUAAAGUGCAGUGUGUAAUUGCAUGGAACUAUGAUUACUACUUUUUACUGUGAUGAAGACUAUAUAGUGUUAAACAAAAACUAGGAAUUUUACUUGAGGAAUUUCUUUUGCUUUUGUUGUUCAGAACAUCUUGGACAAAGUAAAAUCACAUAUAAUAUUUCAUGUUACACAGCUCUAUUAUUCUUGAUUAUCACUGUUACGAAUAUAUUCAUCUUUUUUUACUGAAGAAUACAGUUGAUGAAAGUAGUAAUAUUAGUACAACUUAAUACGUAAUGAUUGAUUAUGAUGGUUGUACAUUUUCUAAAUUUUUGUGCAAAAUGAAUCAAUGCACUUAAUGUUUAUAAAUACAGUAAAUGAAUUCAACUAAAAAAGUAUUUUUGCCAUUAAAUUUCAUCAGUUUUAUAUCUUCUUAAAUUUAUCAUUUUAUUAGAUAUUAAGUAUCAUUAUUUUACCAAGGGAUUAAGGUAUCACUUAAAUUGAAAUUAUGCUGUGUUAAAUUUAUAACAUAGCUUUUUUUGUGUACACUAGCAAAUAACAGCAAACUUUGUGUGAAUUUGCUUUUUCAUUAUUCAUUUUUUCUUUCUUUUUCUUUUUCUUUUUUCUUUUUUUUUUUUUUUUUUUAAAUAUGUACACAAGUCUUAUCUUUGAUUCUUUUUCUGUGUGUUACAAAUUAUUACAUUUAUUUCAAUUUUAUAAAUUUGAUAUUUCUUGCAUGUUCACAAUUAUUUUUAUUGUUUUAUCUGAGUAUUAAUUCGUAAUACAUUUAUUAUCCAUGAUUCAUUGACAGUAACAAUACUAUUUUUCGUUUUAGAAAGCUUGCCCUAUCCUUAACUAGUUUAUUAAAUCUAAAAAUCAUAAUGAUAAAAGAACUUUUUUUUUUAUCUAUAUUCUCAUGUAUUAAUAUUUAUAAAGGCUCAAUUAUUAAUUUAGUAUUAAUUACUUAAAAUAGAUUCCACAUGACUAAAUUCAUUUAGUAUUUUUCUGGCAGUGACUGAGCGCAUUUUACACAAAUUUAAUGUGCUUUUAAUUUAUAUUUUUCAGACAUAUUAUAUCAUUUUUUGAUGCAUGUAAUUAAAUAUAAUAAAGAGAAAAAAGGUUGUGUCAAUUAAAUAAUAACUUUUUGUUCCAUAAAUUUUAUGUUUAAAAUAUUUUUAAAAAGGUUUUUUUUACAAUAUAGUUAUCUAUAAUACAAACAUUUAUCAGGUAUUGAAUCAUACUUAUUUAUAGUAUGUUUAUGUUCAUAAUAAGAUAUUUAGCUGUAAUAAACCAUGUUUCGUUGAAUGGACAAUUUCUAUGUAAUAAAUAUUGUCAAGUUUUUAAAUUAGCAUGAGAGAAAAAUAAAUUCAGCUGAUUAUAGUUACAUGUGCAUCAAUUUAGUAUAUAUAAUUUCUAUGACAGAGUUAAAAAUUAUAUAUUUUUUACAUCAUUUAUUUUGCCUCAUUUGCAAACAAUAUUGAAAUACAAGCCUAAAACAGAAUGUAUAAUAGCAUGUGUAGCAUUACGACUUCAAAUUGAAUUUAACAUUUGUUAUUUAAAUGAUACAUAAAUUUAUUUCUUUUAACAAGUCUUUGUAGUAUCCAAAUAUGUCUUAUAUAACGCAAAUUUUGUUCAAUUCUGUUUUCUUUGCUUUUCUAAGAUAAAAGAAUGUUUGAACUAAACAUUUAAUUUUCAUAAAACUUAUUACUUACUUUGGUUUAUUUUAUAUGUAAACAAUAAUAAAUUUUGUAAGAUGUUUGUAUCACAAUAACGAUUAUAUAACCUAAUAUUAAGUUUAUAAUAAUUUUAACUUACAUAUAAUUACAUUUGUAAACCAUUGUUUUUUGUAUUUAGACCUAAGUUGAUCUAUCAUAAAACUUACCUAUAUAAAUUAGGUAAGUAAAACAAUGGAAGUUAUUAUGUGCCAAUGAGGGUGGAUCCUGAUACCUGGCAGAGAACUGAUGUUUUCCAUUUUUCAUAUAAAUAUAGUAUUAUUUUUUUAUUACUAAUAAUAUAAUUAUUACAAUAAAUAAUAAUAAAUUACAGUAUCUUUUUUAUUUAUUUUUAUAAUAUACGAUUUCCAUGAAACUUGUCGCGGUCAUAUAAAUUUAAAAUUGCAAUAGAAAAUAAAUACAGAAGACAUUUUAUCAGAAGUAAAGAAUCAUGAUAAUAUAUAAAAUAAGAGAAAUGGAAUUCUCUUUCAAUGCAGUUCUUAAAUAUAAAUAUGUGCAUUUUUUAGGUCAAAUUUCUUAAUUUUUAUACGUGAAUAAAAUGUGAAAGUUAUUGUUUUUAGAAGAAAACGUUUUACUUUCUUUUUUUAUAAUUGUACUUAUUUUUAUAUUUAAAAUAACUUUACACAUCUUCAAUUACUAAUGUAUCAAGUUCUUGUCCUGGACAUAAAACAGAGUCAAUAUUAUAAAAAAUUGCAUGAAGUGUUACUAGAAACCAGGAUGCACCUGUAACAAACAUACAUAUAUUUAAAAUUGUUUUAAUUUUUUUUUAAUAUUUUUGUGUAAAUAUCAAAUCAUAGUAAUGAAUACAACUUUUCUUUAUCUUACCAAGUACCCAAAAUAGAUCUGCUCCAGCACCAAUAAAAUAAAAGAAAGGUAAUGAACAAAUCCCAAUUAAUGCAUAUAAUUGAACUAAAGUUAAUUUAUGACCAUGAAUCGACAAUCUUUCAUUAACAUGCCAUUUAGAUACUAUAUAACAAAUUCCAAAAAGCAUUAUAAUAGCAAGUAGUAAUAAACUUGAUGUAAUC